GUAACUCGGGGAAACAUGCAAAUCAGAUUGGUUGUAGUUGCUCUGCUGAUCGCUGUUCAGGGAGAAUCGAUCUUCUGCCUGGAUCUGGGUCAUGGAAUCGAUGGCAGGAUUGCUGGUGGUGAGCUGGCUGGUGUUAAUCAAUUUCCCUACCAAGUGGGAUUGAGUAUCGAAGAGCCCAAAGAUCUGUUCAGCUGGUGCGGAGCGAGCUUGAUCUCUGAUCGAUACCUCCUAACGGCAGCACAUUGUGUGGACAAAGCUCUUUCCAUUACCUACUACUUGGGUGGAGUACAGCGACUGGCACCCCGUCAGCUCAUCCGGUCAGGACAGCCCGAAAUCCAUUUACAUCCUGGUUGGAACAGCGUCUCCCUGGAGAAUGAUAUAGCUGUGCUUCAUUUACCCGAAGUUGCUAUCUUGGGGGACGCCAUCAGACCCAUCAGAUUGCCAGGAAUCUCAUCUAGAUAUUCCAGUUACGACUACGUUCCAGCCACUGCCUCCGGCUGGGGUCGCAUUAAUGAUGAAUCCACCGCCAUUUCCGAUCACCUGCGUUAUGUUGUCCGCUUUGUGGAGUCCAACGAGGACUGUUGGUAUUCCUAUGCCAACAUUAGAUCCACCAAUAUUUGCAUGGACACCACUGGCGGUCGCUCCACCUGCACGGGCGACUCGGGCGGACCUUUGGUUUACCAUGAUUCCUCUCUGAACUCCGAUGUGCUGAUUGGCAUCACCUCGUAUGGAAAGAAGUCCGGUUGCACCAAGGGAUUCUCCUCGGUCUUUACCCGGAUCACCGCCUACCUGGACUGGAUUGGAGAGGUUUACCUGGGCAGCACCGUCCGCUCCAGCCCCAAGGUCAAGCACCAUGUCGAUAAGAAAGACAUCAUCAUCCACGCCGAGUGGAACAGCCGUACUCUGAGGAACGACAUCUCCCUGGUCCGUAUUCCCCGCGUGGAGUUCAGCUCUGCCAUCGACCGCGUUGAGCUGCCCAAGCACGAGUCCCACUACUCCAGCUACGAUGGUGAUGAUGUGAUCGCCUCCGGCUGGGGCCGCACCUCCGACGAUUCCAGCGCUGUGGCCGCUCACCUGCAGUUCGCCCACAUGAAGGUCAUCUCCAACAGCGAGUGCAAGCGCACCUACUACACCACCAUCCGUGACUCCAACAUCUGUGUCUCCACUUCCGCCGCCGUUUCCACCUGCAACGGUGACUCUGGUGGCCCUCUGGUGCUGUCCUCUAGCAAGGUCCAGGUCGGUCUCACCUCCUUUGGCUCUGCCUCUGGCUGCGAGAAGGAGUUGCCCGCUGUCUUCACCCGUGUCACCAGCUACUUGGACUGGAUCAAGGAACAUACCGGCAUCUAAGCUGCUGGCUACUGUUAGCUUGAACCAAUAAAGUUUGUUGAUAUUAUGAACAUAAAAA